AUGGUCCACACAUACAGUACUAACCAAAACAUUCAUACACAUUCUGUGGGCGGGUGGUGGGAGCAGCAGGUGGAGGGAGCAGCGGUUGGAGGGAGCAGCGGUUGGAGGGAGCAGAGGGUGGAGGGAGCAGCGGGUGGUGGUAGCAGCGGGUGGAGGGAGCAGCGGUUGGAGGGAGCAGAGGGUGGAGGGAGCAGCGGGUGGUGGGAGCAGCGGGUGGUGGGAGCAGCGGUUGGAGGGAGCAGCGGGUGGAGGGAGCAGCGGGUGGUGGUAGCAGCGGGUGGAGGGAGCAGCGGGUGGAGGGAGCAGCGGGUGGAGGGAGCAGCGGGUGGAGGGAGCAGCGGGUGGAGGGAGCAGCGGGUGGAGGGAGCAGCGGGUGGAGGGAGCAGCGGAUGGAGGGAGCAGCAGGUGGAGGGAGCAGCGGUUGGAGGGAGCAGCGGUUGGAGGGAGCAGCGGGUGGAGGGAGCAGCGGGUGGAGGGAGCAGCGGGUGGAGGGAGCAGCGGGUGGAGGGAGCAGAGGGUGGAGGGAGCAGCGGUUGGAGGGAGCAGAGGGUGGAGGGAGCAGUGGGUGGAGGGAGCAGCGGGUGGAGGGAGCAGCGGGUGGAGGGAGCAGCGGGGGGUAGCAGCGGGUGGAGGGAGCAGCGGGUGGUGGUAGCAGCGGGUGGAGGGAGCAGCGGGUGGAGGGAGCAGCGGGUGGAGGAGCAGAGGGUGGAGGGAGCAGCGGGUGGAGGGAGCAGCGGGUGGAGGGAGCAGCGGUUGGAGGGAGCAGAGGGUGGAGGGAGCAGAGGGUGGAGGGAGCAGCGGGUGGAGGGAGCAGAGGGUGGAGGGAGCAGCGGGUGGAGGGAGCAGAGGGUGGAGGGAGCAGAGGGUGGAGGGAGCAGCGGGUGGAGGGAGCGGAGGGUGGAGGGAGCGGAGGGUGGAGGGAGCAGCGGGUGGAGGGAGCAGCGGGUGGAGGGAGCAGAGGGUGGAGGGAGCAGAGGGUGGAGGGAGCAGAGGGUGGAGGGAGCAGCGGUCUGA